AUGGAUCAAAGAUACAGUCGAGCUGAGAAAGGAAAAGGGCAGGCUCCCCCUGAGCUCCCAGCUAAACGUCCUCCGGUGCGCAUACCGCUAAAUGACAACGAAGACCUCAUUGAGGCCAACCGACUGACGAUCAUUGGAAGGCUGACAAACCCCCAGAUGCAAAAGCCUAUCAGAGCUGUAAUCGAUUUUAUGGCUCAAGUAUGGAACAUGGAAGGUAGAAUUGUCGGGAGAGCUCUGGGCCUUGACAAGUUUCAAUUCAAAUUUGAAUCGGAAUAUGAUUUACUACAAGUCCUUGAGAAAGGUCCCUACCACUACAAGCGAUGGAUGCUACUGCUCCAACGGUGGGAGCCGACGGUGGCUGAUAACUUUCCAUCAAAAAUUUCCUUCAAUGUUAGGAUCCAUGGAAUCCCCUUGCACUUUUGGUCUGAAGUUACCAUUCAUCCCAUUGGAAAGGAACUAGGUGAUUAUACCAUAAAGGACGUCAAAGAAGCAAAGAUCUGGGUAGAGGUGAAUGGCCUCGAGCCUUUGAUUAUGAAACUGGAAAUUGAAUUACCAACAUCGGAGAUUACUGAAGUGGAGCUGGAAUACAUCAAGAUUGAGAAACAUUGCUUUUCUUGUUUCUCUCUGCUCCAUGAAGAGGGUACUUGCCCUUAUAGACCCUAUAAUGCUCUGCCACCGAAGGAGAGAGCUCUUGGAAUUACGCAGCGAAUUGCGCUCCAACGGAUUGAAGCAGAAAAGAAACGUCACGAUGACAGACGAGGGUACAGAAGACCCGAUGAAGCUCGUUCUUUCUCUAGAUACCCUGAAGAUAGCUAUGCUCAAGCGGGAAGAGUCAGAGGUGAUGAAAGAAGUAGCCACUUUCGACGCGAUGAUCAUGGGAGGGAUCAAUCUAUUCUAUCACGAACAGCACGACCAAUCUCUGAAUAUAGUAGAAGUAAGGCAUCAACUCCCCAGUACAGGGUGGUAGAAAGGAAUCGACCUAGUUCUGCGUCCUCGACCCCGCAAGCAGAGGGAGCUGAUCUUAGGACAACCUUACCACCUCAUACUACUAAAACAGUCCCACCAAUUGCGGAAGUCGAAAUCACCCCUACUAGAACUAUUAAAGACCGGUUAGGAGACUCAUCCAAAACCAAGGCAAACUCGAACUCAGGUUCGAAGGAUCGCAGGUCAGCUCUAGAACGCCUCUCGGCAUCAGAACCGGCAAAAGAGAUUUCUGGACGAAGAGCCCCUAGCUUUGAAUCUGGAAGACUCCAGAUAGGAGAAUGCAGGGGUGAGGAAGAAGUCUUUAUGGAGGAGGAACAGGCAGGUGAGCCAAUCACAGGAGCCGAAAGAGUCCCGGCACCCUCCGUUUAG